UGUUGCCUGCUCCGCUUACUAAUAUGAGAUUAGCAUACAGCAGACUUAUCUCGGCAGUUAGGUACCACCAGUAUACCCAGGCAAGGUUCAUGGCUGAGCAAGUGGAGCUCAAACCUGUUGAAAACUUGAUAAAAAAGAAAUUGCAGAAUGCCUUCCAGCCUUCAGUUUUACAAGUGAUGAAUGAAAGUUACAUGCACAGUGUUCCCAAAGGAUCAGAAACCCACUUCAAAGUUGUCAUAGUCGCGGAUAAAUUUGACAGUUUGCCUCUUAUCAAGCGACAUCGCCUUGUCAAUGAAACAUUGAAGGAAGAGUUAGACACGGGAGUGCAUGCCUUAUCCAUUGUUGCAAAGACCCCAGCCCAGUGGGAGGACACAGGGGGUAAAGUGUCCCGCUCACCGCCCUGCCAGGGAGGUGCUGGACUGUAAUAACAAUGGUGUGGAGAGAGGGUGUGUGAGUGUGCUGCUCACUGCCCUGCUAUAAUCUGAGUGACAAUGGCUGCAUUUUAAAGAACUCUUGAUGUUUUGGUUCUUGAUAUAUGAGCAUGAUUCAGAUAACAUAAGCUUACCAACAUAUAGUUAUUAUCACAGUAUACAAUGUUUAUAGGCAAAUAUUGUACUUGUGAAAUAAGACAUGAAGUUGGAAUUGACCCAGAGGCUUAGCAGUGAUAUACACACCAUAUAUGUAUAAGUGACAAGCUAGUACUCUCUAAUAUUCUGGUAUUUGCGAAAUACAGUGUCAAGAUAUUCUUUUUAUCUCAAUUUAUACUUGUAUCUUUUAAAUGAAUUUUUGUUUGGUGAUGACAUUUUUUUGUGUUCACAAACAGAUUUGAUAAUAUAUUUCUAAAACCUUG